AGGACACAAUGUCUGACUACUUCGGUGUCGUAGACUACGUGGUGUUCAUCGGUAUGUUAAUGGUGUCCACAAUUAUAGGGCUAUACUAUGCGUGGAAAGACCGCAACAACACCGACGAAGACGAGUUCCUGAGGGGAGGGAAACGUAUGUCGAUAUUUCCGGUUACCAUAUCGAUUAUGGCCAGUUUCUUGGCGAGCACUAGCUUUAUAGGCUUUCCCACUGUUAUGUACGCCACGGGAACCAUGUUUUAUGUGAUUAUAAUACCAGCCAUAUUGGGCGCAGUCAUUGCCUGCGAGCUCUUUAUGCCG